GGGCGUGCGCUCGCUACCCGCGGCCGGGGCUGCACCGGGGCCGGGCGAGGGCUGGGGCCGGGUCGGGCCGCGUUCAGCGGACGAGGGGCCGCGGUUGCAGCCCGGCAGCCAGGCCGCACCCGGCAGGGCACGGCGGACGCGGGGUCUGCGGUGGCCUGAGCCCCGAUGUGAGGCGGCGGCGCCCCCGGCCGGAGCGCACACCAUGGGAGCCCCGCUCGCGGGGGCGCUGGGCGCCCUCCACUACCUGGCACUUUUCCUGCAACUCGGCGGCGCCACGCGGCCCGCCGGCCACGCGCCCUGGGACAACCACGUCUCCGGCCACGCCCUGUUCACAGAGACGCCCCACGACAUGACGGCGCGGACGGGCGAGGACGUGGAGAUGGCCUGCUCCUUCCGCGGCAGCGGCUCCCCCUCCUACUCGCUGGAGAUCCAGUGGUGGUACGUGCGGAGCCGCAGGGACUGGACGGACAAGCAGGCGUGGGCCUCGAACCAGCUAAAAGCAUCUCAGCAGGAAGACGCAGGGAAGGACGCGACCAAAAUAAGUGUGGUCAAGGUGGUGGGCAGUAACAUCUCCCACAAGCUGCGCCUGUCCCGGGUGAAGCCCACAGACGAAGGCACCUACGAGUGCCGUGUCAUCGAUUUCAGCGAUGGCAAGGCCCGGCACCACAAGGUCAAGGCCUACCUGCGGGUGCAGCCCGGGGAGAACUCGGUCCUGCAUCUGCCCGAAGCCCUGCCUGUCGCGCCCGCCCCACCACCACCCAAGCCCGGCAAGGAGCUGCGGAAGCGAUCCGUGGACGAGGAGGCCUGCAGCCUCUAGAACGAUGCGCGCCCGGCCGCCUGCCCACCCCGCGCCCCCACGGCUGUACAGAGUGCAUGAGGAGCUGCUGGACCUCUUGGGACAGGACGGCCUGGGUCCAGCCGCCUCCCCAUCCCCAAGACUGCCUGUGGCCACCACCUGGGCCCUCUGCCCACCACCCCUUUGCUCAGCAUGUAAGCCCCAUUCAAGCCCUUCCUUUUCAGAUCCCCGAGGUGACCUGGCUUGAAGGAGGUAGCCCUGGGCACCCAGGGGACAACCACCUGGACACGGGGAUGGGACACCAUGCCGGGGCCAGGCUGCCCCCUUCUGUCACAGGCUUCAGUGGCGCCCAGUGUUUCGCUUUGCUUGCUUGCCCCCCAAUCCCGUCCCCAGCCAGGGCCUCCCAGCCUUGCUCUCCCUCCUUCCUACCACCCCCUACUUGGACCUGGGGAUGUGGACCUCGAAUCUGAACCCGCCCCGAAUCUGGACUUGGAUCUUCUGAGCAGAGCUGGGGCCUCUCCCCUGGCGGAGAGACGGGGCAAGAGCUCCCAGGAGAGCCUUGCUCUGGGGCUGUGGCCCAGGAGAAGGCGUCUCACAGGGACCACGGGAGGAAAGGGAGACAUCCCACUGCCUCCUGGCGGGUCAGUCACUUCAGCCUCCUUAUACCUAAGACACAGCUCCCUGUCCACCCUCCAGGGCAGAAGGGGCACCAGGAACCUCUGCCCCGUCACACAGAGGGCCUUCCCCUCAACCCCAUGGCCCCAUGCAGAGUUUUGCACCAGCAGGACCCCUUUGAGGGUCUUUGAGGCUCUCCCAGGAGCCCCCUCUGCCAGCUCCCGACAGCCCAGCCCCCUCUUAGGGUCCACACCAAGUCCACCCCAGGGCCUGGGGCUGUUGGGAACUAAGGGACCCCAGUACCAGUUCCCUCAUAAUUCCCGAUCAGGGGGAUGCCCGCCCCUGGUGAUGUGUAAAUAUUUCUAUUGGGCCCAACACUCCCUCAGAACUGGCUCAAACCUCUGGCCACCCCUCAGCAAUGCCCUGGGGGAUGUGAGAGAGGCCAAGGGCUUUGCCCCGGGGUGUGUGGGUAACCCUGUACACACGAUUCAAUCUGUGACUACCAGCCAACCUGAAUAAAGCGG